AGAUGGAAACCUGGGAAGAGCUUCAGAGCGAAAAGUUUGUAUAAAAUCCUUAAAAAUAGAAAAUCCUCCAGAUCGAAGGGAGGGUCUUCCUUUUCUUUUUGCAACAGCCUUCAGUAAAAUAGUGAUUCUUUGGACCAACAACAAAACAUUUCGAAAAGUGGACACAGGUGGACAGUUAGGGUUCCUUUUGGAGCCUAAUAUUAAAACCACAUUACAGGGCGGCAAUUUAUAAACAAACAUAAACCGUAUUUAGGGGUCUCCGAUAGGAUUUUUUGAUAGGGGAACGCUUUGUAUUAGGUACUCGGGAUUAUUGGGCAAAGCAGGACACGGCAGAUGCAUCUUCGAGCCUUGCAAUUGAAUCUCGCGAACGAUUUGGGUAUUGUCAGGUGGUCCGUGCGGGAGUGUUGGAGACUCUCACAUUGUUUGUUGGCAGUGAAACGCGUUGCUCUAAGCGUUUGCGAGGGCUUUCGUUUGCUCACUUCUCAGGUAGUUGCAGAUGCGCUCAGGCGUUGUAAAUGUUUAAAGCGGCCUGACCUCAGGUUGCUAGAGAUCUCCAAACUGGAUCUCUGGGACUUUGAAAACUUGGCUGCUGUGGUCAACGGCUUCAAGCUUCCACAUCCAAAUGUGAAGAUGUUUGAAAAGAUUGGAAAAGCAGCUGCCCGGGUGGUCAAGGCAAUGGCGAAGGUGUCUGUAGAUCAAAUGGUGCAUUUCAUUGCAACCUAUGGCCAGCUCGGUAUUCUGCAUCAUUUGGAGAAGCUUCUCAAGCAGUUGCGAGAUAAGAAUUGGUUCAAAACCCUCAUUGCUCCAUGGAACAUUGCGAAGAUUGAUGAGGAGCAGAUUCUCCCGCAUGUCCUCGCAGCGAUGGUUCGUGCCCAAGAGUUUGAUGUACUCCAAGAGAUCGCAGAGAAGUACAAAAACAAAGACAUUUCUACGCAGAAAAUCGUGGCCAUCCUAACUGGCCUGUCCGGAUGUGAAGACAAGCUGACAAUCAAGAGUGCCUUCUUGAAGAAACUGGUGGAUCUUUGCCGAACAUGUCCUCCCGAAAUCAAAGACAUGGAACAGAUCGUUUAUGUUUGCCAAAAGGACGCAGGCUCUUUGAACACUCUGAUCGAGAUAUGUCACCACAGAAACAUCUUGGAAUCCAUCCCCAAGCAGUGGCAAGAACUGACCAGAUGCCUUGAAUGCCUUCUCGGUCCUUUCACUGAUGCAAAGCUACGUGUGCCACUUUUGGAAGCUGCUUUUGCAAGCAGACUGAUGCAAGCCCUUGCGCAAUGCAGCAAACCAGAGCCAGAGGAAGUGGUAGCUGCUGGGCUGAAAUUUUCGGUUGAGGCACUGGCAUCCAUGCCAGCCCUUGCGCACGCCAUCAUUCUCCGCAUCAAGAGUUUACCAAAGCGGUCGGAGCUGGAGCGUUUCAAGACCUUCAUCAGCAACAUUGCCCUUUCUGCCAAGCAUGUCCCGACUGAGGCGGGCACAGCAGAGCUUGAUGCCUGGACAGCUGCAAUUGACAAAGUUAUAUUGGAGGAAGCGAGCAACCUUGGAACGAGUCGGUCAGACCUUUCAUGGUCCCUGGUUGAGAUGAUGACAAUGUCGUCCAACAACUUACCAAUGAAGAUUCGACAAGAACUCGGGCAAGCCUGGCUGUCAACAAUUCUGGCACGAAGCCGAAGAGUGUUUUGGGAUGGAUUGCGCGUCCUGCUCGAGCCACCCCGACCAACAGAAGCUUUGCGAGCGAUGAAACAGGAGUUGCAGGGACAUCAUCCUGAAACCCAAUCGCCAGAUGCCAAGCUCUCAGACGAGGUUACCACGGAGCAGCCCGUCCAGGCACUUACCACGACGUGUUCCCCAACAUCUUCCCCAACAUCCGCCCCGACAUCCGUCCAGGAAUCAGCCCCGGCAUCGGCCAAACAAUCUCCAGAACCUUCUCGUCCUGAAAUUGAGAGGCCUCGGUCCCGUUCGCGAUCCCGGUCCCACGCGCCAGAGGCAGCUCUGACAGUAUCGUGCCAGAACCCCAAGUUCAGAGGGAGCUACCGCAGAAAAGGCACGAGGAAUGGCAAAGCUGCUUUUGCAAAGAUCGAUGAUGAAGAGGUGCAGCUGUUUACAGAGAAAACUUGUUGGUGCUUGGGCAGUCCCACCUCAGGGUGGAUUCGGCACCCCAGCAACUCAGGAGGAUUUGCGCCAACGGAGGGAUGGGAUGAUCCAACGUUGAGGAUCUCCUGGCAUGCUCCAAGGGUAACCCACGGUAGCGUUGCAGCUCCCAGAGCGAAGGUUGCAAACAAGAAGCCUCGUACUGGGGAUAGAGUCCUCAAGGGAACCCCUAUGCCCCUGGUUGGAGAACCUUCACCAUCUCCAUCACCAGUUGAGCAGGCCACGCUGGUCACACCACAGGGUGAACUAAAGCAGUGGCUGCGAUCUGCAUCGGUGGAUGGUAUUUUAAUGCAAUACGAGGAGCGUCUGGUGGACCAAUUGGACGGAGACAUGACGUUUCUCCCGGAGUUUGUGUGCGAAGCCAAUUCCGAGAAAGUCGGGUUGGCCCGAAUUGAUCCAGCUUUUUGGGAAGCUAUCCAAUGCACCAAGCUCGCGCACAAGUUGCAGUUCUCCAAGGCCAUGAUCAAAUUGAAAGAUGCCCCUCUUGCGUGACAGAUUUGGGUGUGUCCCGUGACCUGCAGAUUUUAAGAUUCACAGUGCACGCGAGUCCUGUGCGGAUGUGUGCAGAAA